AUGAUUGCUGAUGUUGAUGUUGUACAUGACACCAACUCAUCGAAUUUUGUUUUGACUGUGGAUCUCAGAGAGUUGGUUGUUCAGCAAUCUGAUGUACCAUCGACUCAAGUCAACACGGCCCAUCGACCUUCUUUAGUUGUUCAAGAAGAUGAUGGAUUUAUUAAUGACAAUGAAGAUGAUAUGGCAGACAGUAUGUCAGCAGAUGUGGCUAGAGCUCAUGGUGGAGACGCUGGCGGUGAUCCUCCACCGGAUCCUACUAGGAUCCCGACUACAUGCGACUCAGGAAUCCCAACUAAGAGAAAGGGUCGUGGCGCAGCUAUUGGAAAAGAUCUAGAAGAGAGGCGGCGUAAAAAUGGAAAACCACUGGAAGUAACGUUUUGCCCACGAUCAUACAAGGUUGUUGGGGGCGAGCACGCUGCUUUUGUCCGCCUUGUGGGAACCCAAAUUAAAACGAAAGUUCCCGGACAUUACGGUUCAUGGGAAUUAGUGCCUCAACAAUACAAGGAUCAGGUCCUUGCCAUAAUUCAGUAUUAUUAUCAAAUAGCGGGCCGCGAGGAUUUCUUAAAGUGUUUAAAUGGUAUCGAUCGAGAGAUGAAAGACCGAUACCGUAAUAGGAAAACACUAAGACACGAACACUUUGAGAAAUACUACAAUGGACCGGAGGAUUGGGAUAAGGUUCUAAACAACCCAACCAAUGAUGUUAACAAGGAGGAGUGGAAGCAGAUUUGUCAGUUAUUUACAAGUCCACAAUUUAUUGCGCGCUCCAUAAAGAAUAAGGAAAAUCGGAAGAAACAAAAGUAUUCUACAACACAGGGUACAAAAUCGCUGGCAGCCGUCCGUUUUGAAAAAACGAACCCGGACCUCAUUGAGUCAUGGAAGGAUUAUCAUUGGAAGAAAUCAAAAAAUGAUUUCGUGAACGAUGAUGCUCGCCAAGAUUAUGAAAAACUGAAGGCUGAUUUUGAGUUACGAACUCAGCAAACAUCCACUGAUGCUUCUAAUAAUGAUAGUCUGUCAUCAGUUGAUCAGGUGGAGGUGCUACAAAAAGUAUUAGGCCAAAGGCGUGGACAUGAGCGAGGAGUAGGCCGCAAAUUGAAGGGGUCGGGGUCGAGGUCGGGGUCGAGGUCAUCAUCUACCCAACACUCUCAUUUCAGCGAGUCUCAAGUUCCUCCUCAUCAUUCAAGAGAAUAUAUAGAAAAUCUGGAGAAUAAUUUACAGAAAUUGACUGAUCAAGUUAAUUUCUUAACUCAAUUUUUUGUACCUUCAUUUCGUCCACCAAACGUUCAGAUACCGCAUGUGCCUGAUAGUGACAAUACUUCUAGGGCUUCGUCUUCUCAACCUCCAGCUCCAACUCAUCCUUCUAUGUACGGGGCAGCGCCGUCUUAUCAUAUGCUACCUCCAUAUAUGUACGGAGCAACACCUUAUCCGUGUCCGAUUCCACCGUCCUCCCAGCCAUCGUAUCCCUACAUGUAUGGAGCUGGAUCGUCCACAUUACCUUCCCAAUAUCCUUGGCCGAUGCCGCCACCGCAGCAAUCACAACCACAGCCACCGCAACAACCACAACAAGAAGACAAUAGGGAGGAGGACGAGGCAACUGAUUUAGGAGACUAAGUUUAUAUUUUUAUUAAUUAUUGUUAAAUUUUAUGAACAAUAUGAAUAUUUGUUA